CUGCAUUGUGUGGUCAGGGUUUCUCUUCAGUCUGGACGCAACCAGGCUACCUACAGCGCAUACAGUGGGCGACGUCGUCAGCAAUUCGACCACAACUCUCCAUAAAACGUAUGUUUUGGGAGCGAGAGGCUAGGAAAUACGUUCCUAGCCUGUGAUAUUGUUGUUUGGCUAGAGUUAUGCUAACCUGUUUGCAAUCCCUUUUGCUUUGCUAGCUAGCUUGCUGGCUAGUUAGCUACAGUAGUUGGCUACUGCCAUCAAGUUGUUGCUAUCAGAUUUAGCCUGUUUUACAAUUUGCAGAAUGCGUACCGGCAUUUCAAUAUAGCGCGGGAAAAGGGAACCUGGACACGGUAGAUACAUUUAAAUGUAGGUGUAGUAGACGCAUGACGUGUUCGGAAUUCCAUGAUCAGAACUCCAUGAUAAGAAUAAGAACGCUGCAUGAACUGUCAAGUCUAGACACGGCCUUAGUGAUGCCAGUGUAACUGCAAUGUAGCAAGUGACCCCAGAUGAUAAACAUGCACAUUUAGUGAGGGCGUUCUGUGAGAACAAGCGAAUGGGUCCCGAAAGCUCGCGAGAUUCGGUGGGCAGGACGGAGCGCUAGCGAAAGCUGAACAGUCUGUCGGAGGCAAGUAAAACUAAAACCAAGCACAAAGAUGUCUGGACGCUCGGUUCGCGCUGAGACACGAAGCCGCGCUAAAGAUGACAUGAAGAAGGUGAUGGCGGCCAUUGAAAGGGUCAGAAGAUGGGAGAAGAAAUGGGUAACUGUCGGAGACACAUCUUUGAGGAUAUUCAAAUGGGUGCCAGUGGUGGAUACAAAAGAAGAGAAGAGUAAGGCGGUCCCGGUUGGAGCAGUCAGGGAGCUGAAUAGCUUCUCCACAGAUCCAGCCUCAGAAAACACACAUUCAAGUCUUCUCGAUUUUCAUGAUGAGAACAGUAACCAGAGCUCCCUGUCUGAUGCGUACCAGCCCAAAGUGGACAGCAGCAGUAACUCCAGCCCCCAGCCGAGUGAACCUCUGAGCCCCAAGAACCUGUGUGACUUCCGCACAGAUGACUCACAGCCCCCGACUCUGGGCCAGGAGAUCAUGGAGGAGCCGUCAUUGCCAAGUGAACUGGCUGACGAACCUCCAUUACUGAUUAAAGAGGACCUGUUGCCACUCACUACUCAGGAGGAAGAGGAGUGUUCUGGAGCUCCGCCACUGAAGAGGGUGUGUUCUGAGCAGAACUCCGUCCUGCAGAGCUCCUCCAUGAUGAGCUAACACUUAGCAUCAGGGUCAGACCCAUUUCACUUCAGGCACUUUGUUGAAUCUUGUUUUUUGAUUUGGAAAAAUUGUCUUAUCAUUUUCAAUGAAGGACAUUUCUGGUUCACAAAUUGAACAAAACAUAAAAAAAAAAAAUGGAACUCAACUAAUUUGCUGAUUUAAAAAUAAAAUGAUUUGAGCCCUGCUUAGCUUUUAGUCAGCGAGUUGCACGACCGCAAGUCUAUCCUCCGAUGACUGCAAUAGACACAUUUUAAGGGCCAGACAUACAGUGGGGAAAAAAAGUAUUUAGUCAGCCACCAAUUGUGCAUGUUCUCCCACUUUAAAAAGAUG